UAUAUUUAUUACAUCGAUUUUUGUUUAACAUGGCACUUAAUGAUGCUCACGUAUAUGAAAGUUGACACUUCACCAUCGACAACCAUCGCAGCGGCUCAAUACUUACGGAACUAAAUGUUUGGACACGUUUAUUCUCUUGAGCUCUUAUACACAUUUUAUACAAGCUGAAGAUUUUCACUUUUAUGAUACAUCGCAAUUCAUACACGCUCAUUUAACAUUCCCGUCACAGAAAAGCCUUGCUCGCUGCAGGACAUCGUUGUGGCACAGGUUUGAAUGAACCCACAGGAUGAAUGACGCGCGAGAGACCAGGUCUUGCUCUGCAAUUGAGCUUUGUGGUCAAAACUAAAUGACUCGUGAAGUCGUUCAUGCCCAGCGUAUAGCACAACUUCGUUUACGAGGUGCCGCUUCGACGUCGUGGCCGUUGUCAGUUACAUUAAGUAUAGGCGCCCUUUCGUAACUCUGGGCAGAUUUUCAGUACAAGUGUUGGCUUCGAAGCUGUGGGAUUAAUAGCUAAAGAAUUGUGCCCAGACGACUUGGAUACGUGGCCUUUCAGUGUAUUCUGUAAAAAUGUUUGCAUCGGAGACACAUUUGGUGCCUCAGAAGAGCAUCUUUGAAUUUACAGUGAAGGACAUUGACGGAGUGGAUACGAAACUGAGCAAAUAUGCUAACAAGAUCAUAGUUCUCUUGAAUGUCGCUUCCUACUGCGGGCUCACUGACAGGAAUUAUACCGAAUUGCAAGAGAUUUAUGACAAGUAUAAAAAAGAUGGGCUUGAGGUCUUGGCAUUUCCGUGUAAUCAGUUCGCCGAAACGGAACCCGGAACACAUAUGCAGAUUAAAAAGUUUGUAAAGAAAACGUACAACGGAACGUUUCCUCUCUUUGCCAAGAUUGAAGUGAAUGGGCCCAACCAGCAUGAAUUAUUCAAGUAUUUGAAAGCCACAAGUGGUGGAAUCAGAGGAUUCUACCGGGAUAACCUCAAGUGGAACUUCGCCAAGUUUGUCAUUGGCAAAGAUGGUGUCGUUAUCGAGCGAUUUGCUCCAACGAGUUCUCCAAGGAUGAUUGAGAAGUUUUUGAGGUCGCUGCUGUUUCCUCCUAAAGAUGAUGGUCCCAAGCAGAAAACCACAGCUUCAAUGCAAUGCAGUCGAUUAGUAUUCAACCAUGCUGAUUGCACCGGAAAGCACUGGGAAACAGCCUGGGGCCCAGCAGGCGGAGAGUUGUUUUGGAGUGAAGGCACUGGGUGCGGGCCUGAAGAACCUACGUCCGACAAGAGAAACUGAUCCCUCUACAGGAAUCUCUGAGAUGGACCGUUUGGACGUGAGUGAGCUGUAUAGGUUGAGAAUCAUCCAGAUUCAUGUUAGAAUGUUAAGCCCUUCAAAUUAACCAUCAGCAGAAACUGCGUCCAUUAGAAACGAUCAGACAGUCCACCCGGCCCCUGGCAACGACAGAUUCACAUAAUUACGCAAUGGCAUUUAGAAUCUAGUUAUAGCUUCCAAGAUUUUGCGCUACCGUUGGCAGAUAUUUAACUCAUUGCAAGACAAUAUCCAAAAAGGCAUUGUCAACCAAACUUGUGUACAAAAUGGUCGUGCCGUUUUUAUAAUGCUACAUCCUUGAUGCAGAGCAGCACCUCAUUGAGUCCAAACAAUAAAAAGUGACCUCUGUCAUAUAACCA